CCACGGAAUUCUUGUGUUUUUCCUGUUCGCAGAAAGGUACAAGACGUUCUGCUAUCGGCCGUUGCCAUGGAAGAUGAGAGGCAAAAGCUCAGCCUGGAGCGUGAAGUGGGCCUGGCGGGAGCCGUGUCCCUCAUCGCCGGGACAAUGAUCGGCUCGGGGAUCUUCAUGUCACCGCAGACGGUGCUCGUCACCAUCGGCAGUCCCGGAGCCAGUCUGGUGGUGUGGGCGUGCUGUGGGCUGCUGGUCAUACUUGCUUCUUUUUGCUACGUGGAACUGGGAAGCAUCUUCAGAGAAUCGGGGGGAGAGUACAUCUACAUCCUCAGGACCUCGGGCCCGCCCGUGGCCUUUUUGUUAAUCUUCAGCUCGGUGUUAUUUGUGAGACCCGCCGGAGUUGCCGGCAUCGCGCUGAGUUUCGCUCAGUACGCGGUGGCCCCCUUCUACUCGGAUUGUGCGCCUCCGCUUUUGAUCGUCAAGUGUGUGGCCGCAGUUGCGAUUAUCAUUUUAGCCACAGUAAAUUGUCUCAAUGUUCGCAUCGCCGUGUCAGUGCAAGUUUUCUCCAUGGUGGUUAAGGUCCUGGCACUGGCAGGUAUGAUAGCGGGAGGUGUGGUGAUGCUUGCCAGAGGACACACUGAAAACUUUCAAGACUCUUUUGAAAACACAAACGUCGGCAUCAAUCCGAUCGGUAUCGCUUUCUACCAGGGCUUGUGGUCGUACGACGGUUGGAAUAAUCUCAACUAUGUGAUGGAGGAAUUAAAACGUCCAGAGGUACAGUCAAUUAUUCUGUCUUUUCAUUUGACACACAGAGCCAGUCUAUUUUUUCACUCUUUAUUUCAAACACAAGAAUAUCAAGUACAGUGUGUCGUGAAAACAAAUAACAGCAAAAAUAGUAAUAAUAAGGAGAGAGAAACAGAAUUACAUAAAAACAAUCAAACAGGUGAUAUCUGA